AUGGCACCCCGUGUCCGUGGCUGGGAGCCGGGCCCGGUGGCCCCUGUGCCUGCAGGCCGUGGGCGGUGGGGGUGGCUGUCCUGGGUGGGGGCAGAGGGAGUGAAAUUCCUAUUUGCCCCCCACAGGAGAGAGGGGGUUCAGGCCUCCCUCCCCGCCCUGGGGUGGUCUGAGUUCGGGGGCUCUCCCUUGCGCUGGGGCCCGUGGAGGGUCUGCAGCCAGGGAGGGUGUCACCACGAGCCCCGUCCCCUCCCCCUCCCGCGUUGGAAGCUAGGAGAACAGUGGGGGCCCCCCGCCCCGCCCACCUGGGGGAGACCCUUCCCCUCUCGGCUCCCCCUGGGGUCAGGCCGGGGAGGGGCUUGCAGGGACCUGGGGGCGUGGGGCUGGGGCCGCGUGGGGGCUGCAGCUUCCCAGCACCGCCUUGUCGUGGGUUGUAGCGACGGUCACGACUGCCACGGGUGUGACUUCUCCCCGCUCGUCGGGGUGCCCAGGUCACCGCGCUUAGCCUUCCGGGAAGGCCUCCGGGAUCGCGUCGUCGGUUCUUGCCUGUGUGGUGAGUUUCCCGGUGUCGCUGUGUGUUGGCCACGUCUGGCAGUGCUCAGGGAACCGCUCCUGGCGGGGAGCAGGGGAAGGGGCCUGGGAUCGAACCCGGGAUUGGACUUGGGUCGGCUGUGUGCAAGGCCGACGCCCUCCCCGCCGUGCCCGCCGUGCUCCGCUCUGGGGGGAGCGGGCAGCAUCCUGCGGCCGUCAUGGCCGUUCAGGCCUGGCCCGGGCUUGGGCUCGCUGGCCCCCGAGUCCCAGGCAGUGCUGGGCACCUCCCGGGUCAGCCCACACCCCCGAUGCGCCCCAGUGCCGGGCGGGGCCCUGGGGGGCAGGUCUGUGCCGGGAGGAAGAGGCAGGGGCGCGGGCUGCCCCGGGAACGGGGGCCCUGGGCCAAGCGCGACUUUAUCUGGGCCCAGGCCGGGGCGGGGCCCACUGCGACAGCCCCUUGCUGGCCGGGGGAGUGAGGGCUGCGUAGUGAGGGUGUCACAACAGCGUCCCCCGCCCUCCCGGGGCCGGAGCGCAGAGCCAGCGUCGCCCAAGGCCCGCAGACAUAGGGGGCACCAUUGGGGUGGGAGGUGGUGCCCGCCCGGCGGUGAGAGGCUCCGGCCCCGUCCCCCCCAGCCUCCUGCAAGCUGUGACGGCGUCCCUGCGUCCUGGUGGGUCUCGCAGGUGUGGCCGGGCUGAGGUGUCGCUCAGGUCAGCCGGGAUGGGCGAGAGCGGCCGUGUCGGUCAGGUUAGCGUGGCACCGGGGGUUGAGGAGGGUCCUGAGCUGUGGGGGUCUGCGGAUGUCCGCCCGGGAAGUGCCAGGGGCAGGGACAGACGCUGGGCGCACUCUGAGCCUGGGCCCCCCGCCGCUGCCCCCCGGCCCCCCCUCACGCUGCC